UCUCUAAAAACACCGCAAAGGACCUCCUUUGUGCACAAAGGAGCACAAAGGAGCACAAAGGACCACAAAGGAGUAUGAUAAGUGCACAAAGGACCUGAAAUUGUUUAUUAAAUGGGGGGAAAGGCAUUUCUCACGAAAAAAAAUAUUGUUUUUUAUUAAAAUACGUGAGUUAAAUCGGUAUAAAGUUGAAGAUUUACGAAACCGUGUUCCGUAACCGGUACGGAUAUGUAUAAGAGUACGGCCAUUUUCGAUAAGAUGUUAGUACACCUAUAAUUAUAUAUUGAAAAGUAUUGAGAAAACAUGAACAUAUAAAAAAGACUGGACAUUAAACCGGAGAGAAAAAAUUAAGCUAACACUGUUUGUAAAGAUUUCAAUUUCACACAAUUAAUAAGUUAUGUAUAACGAGUACUUGAUUGCGCUUGGGAUGAACAAAGCGUUAUAUAUUCUUACAGUUAAUUAUCAGUGUUCAAAGACCGUCUUUAAAACCAAUAACAUUGUUGAAAAAACAAUUAUAUGUAUUAAUUUAUUAAAAAAAACACACAAAAAAGACUUCAGACAUAUGCAAAAUAUACAAGUUUUCUAAAUAUAGAUCUUACAAGCGGCGAUCAAAGACGUCGUCUAUUGAAGUUAAAAAAAUGAGAAAUAUAAACCAUUUUACUCAAAAUCUUAUCAGAAAUAAAAUAAUAUAAAUAAGAGAGUUCUUCACUGAAACAUUCAAAGCUAUACAAAUUCAACAUGAAUCACUCUCAAUACAACUACGUGUCAAGUCUAUCUAGACUUCAACAGGUAUACUUUUUUCAAGUUUGUUUAAAAUUAUGUUUAAUUUGAAAGCAAUUUAUAAAUUUUAAAUUAAAUAUUUUAUUUUCAUCAGCAUUGCUUUAAGGAAACUGAACUCCUUCUUUUUUUUAUCAAUCAUCUCAAUAUAUGAUGAAUCUAAUUAACAAGCUACUUAGCGUAGAUGAUUCUUUAUACGGUAUUUAUUUCUUUUCGUAUAAUUAUUUGAAUAGUUAAUAUGCAAAAUAUCUACUUGCUAUUGCAAGUGUUUCUUUUCAAUUAUUUGAAAAGUCUAAAUUUUGAUAUUGCGAAUGUUAAAAUUUUCGAAAUGAUAUAUGAUUUUGUCGAUUAUAUAUAUUAACCAUUUAUGUGUGAAUUCAGUUAACACAUACAUAGCAGAAAGUAAAUUUCAGAAACUAUUUGUUAAAAUAAUUAAUUUCAUUUCAAUAUCCAUAUUUUAUUUCAAAUUUUGAUUAUCCAUUAAUCAGGCUAAUAAAAUACAAAUAAAUAAAUUGAGAAGAUGUAUUAUAUGUCAGUAACAAGCAACCUAACGACACAAAUAACCAAAUGACAGCUCUACAGACUUUUUUUCACUGUGCUGAGUAUACAUUUUUGUUCUGAUUAAGAUUCGUCAAGUAAGAAAAUUUCGGUAAAUACUUUGUUUUUGUGCAGAAUAAAAUUUGAUAAAACAAAGUAUAUAUUGAAAUUUCUGAAAAACGGAUAGCAAAAUUCAACUCCAUUUGCUACUUUUAGAAUUACUGCCAUACCGUUCCCCUUGGUGCCUUUAGAUUCUUUCCGUCAUAGCAACUCAAGAUUCGUCAAGUAAGAAAAUUUCGGUAAAUACUUUGUUUUUGUGCAGAAUAAAAUUUGAUAAAACAAAGUAUAUAUUGAAAUUUCUGAAAAACGAAUUGAAAAAAUUAAACCCCAUCCUAUCUUUAGAAUUACUGCCAUACCGUUCCCUUUCGUCAAAGAAAUCUAUUGUUCGUCAAGUAAGAAAAUUUCGGUAAAUACUUUGUUUUUGUGCAGAAUAAAAUUUGAUAAAACAAAGUGUAUAUUGAAAUUUCUGAAAAACGAAUUGAAAAAAUUAAACCCCAUCCUAUCUUUAGAAUUACUGCCAUACCGUUCCCUUUCGUCAAAGAAAUCUAUUGUUCGUCAAGUAAGAAAAUUUCGGUAAAUACUUUGUUUUUGUGCAGAAUAAAAUUUGAUAAAACAAAGUGUAUAUUGAAAUUUCUGAAAAACGAAUUGAAAAAAUUCAACCCCAUCCUAUCUUUAGAAUUACUGCCAUACCGUUCCCUUUCGUCAAAGAAAUCUAUUGUUCGUCAAGUAAGAAAAUUUCGGUAAAUACUUUGUUUUUGUGCAGAAUAAAAUUUGAUAAAACAAAGUGUAUAUUGAAAUUUCUGAAAAACGAAUUGAAAAAAUUCAACCCCAUCCUAUCUUUAGAAUUACUGCCAUACCGUUCCCUUUCGUCAAAGAAAUCUAUUGUUCGUCAAGUAAGAAACACGUUUUCGUUAUAGCAAUUAAAGAUUUUCUCCUAUACCAUUUUUUAUGCGUCAUGUUCAAGACCAGUGACAGAUAUUUCAGACAUUUUCAGACCAAUUGACGUAUACGAAAUAUAAGAACCUUUUCUAAAUACAUAAUAUAACUUUCAUUUUCUUCUUCUUCAGGAAGCAGCUAAUGGCUAUGCUCAUUUAGUUACAGCUGCAAAGACAGAGUACAGAUAUAUGCCCAUAUUUGUGCGUCCGUCGGAAUGCAAUCAAGGAUCACUCAUAGUUGACCAGACAGCCCAGAAUAUUCUGACAAAGUGCCGUCUUCACGACGUUGGAACUCCGUAUGAGGUUUUCUCGAAUGGCGGUUGCUUGUUCGAUUCAGUGUCUGUGUCAUUGUGCGGAACUCAAGAAUUUUCAACAGAGUUGCGUGUUCGUACAGCCAUAGAAAUGAUAAGACUAAAAAGCCGUAUCAUGUCUUUACCCGUAACUCCAAGUUUGAUGACAGUAUCACCCAAUUAUGUUGCCUCUGUGUUUUCUUGUGCAUCUCCAGGGGGUUACUCAUCAAUAUGGACAAUAUUUGCUUUGGCAAAUGUUAUUGGUGUGCCCAUAAAAUCAGUGUAUCCACCUAUGAACGGCAUUAACGAUCGUCCUUUUAAAAUUUUAAACUUGACUGUCAUGCCACAAAAGCCAUCAAUAGAUACUGAUACUUUGACAGUUAUGUGGACACGUCUUCAAGGCUAUCAAACUAAACACUACUGGUAUGCUGACCACUUUGUUCCGCUCCUCAAAACUAUAACAACGACAAGUAGAAACUAUCGGGUUGAUUCACCGUCGCCUCCUUCUCUUAAUAGCACUACAGAUUUUCCACCACUCGGUUCAUCUGCUCCGAAAAGACGACGAAUCCAACGUGACCCAUUGUCAUCACCAAUACCAACUUCGCCAAUACCUGUUCAGGCGUCAUCUCCUCCAAGUGCAGUCAAAAGCACACCUUCAAAGUUAUUAUUACCACCUUUGCCAAACUUAUCACCUAUACCAGGUUCUACAACAAAAGCAAAUACCAUGCAAACAUCAACACCAACCCAUUCUGCUUCUACAUUAUUGACUCAAACUGCAAACUCAUCUGUGCAACAGUCAUCUAACAGUCUUACAAAUGGCAAAAAUCUAACAGUAAAUGACUUGUAUCAUGCAAUUAUCGAUGUUAACACAACUCCAUUGGCAAGUAUCCCAAAAGGCCAGAAAGACAAUGCAUAUUUUCUUAUAGACAAUUCAGACAAUGUAAAACGCAAAUUAAAUGGUCAGUCUUCUCAGUACUCUGACGACUGUGGUGCCUGGGACAGUCAUGGUGGUCAUACAGUGAACACUACUUUUGUUGUGCAAUCUAAUAACACUCUUCGCAUUGCUUUUAUUAAAGAGGGACUAUACUGCUUCGAGAAACAAGUGAAAGGCAAAAAAACAUACGUGCCUUACAAUCCUCAACCAGAUCCAGACUCUGUUUUAACACUGAAUCGUUACUACAUCCCUCUUAAAAGGGACAAAACUUUCAAGAAACGAGUCAGUGCAUUUAACAAACUACCAUCAACAUUUCAGAAUCGCCAACAUAUAGCCGUUGUCGAGUAUACAGGUUCAUGUCCAACUACCAACACAACACAUGGUAAUGCCAAACACGUCUCACAUGAGUUUAUACGUACAGACCCUUCAGUAAUGAAUCGUAUAACCGAGGGACUCAAUAAUAAGAAAUCCUGCAUCGAAAUAUAUCAGGACAUGGUUCUUAAAGACCCUGAUAACGCACCGAAAGAUCUUCAACAAGUCCAUACAAAAAAACAUUACAACAAAAAACAGGUUUCUCAUGCUGCCAAAGCCAACAUAGCCGAUGAAGUGCUACAAAUUUUGUCAAUGGUAAAUGAUCAUGACUUUGUGAAAGAGGUUGUAUAUACACAGGAUAACAGUAAGCCACCAUCCAUCAUAUGCUACACGUCUGAGCAGAUAGCUGACAUAAAAACACACUUGCAAGCUGAUCCUAGUACAGUCCUUGGUGUUGACAGAACUUUCAAUUUAGGUUCAGUUUUUGUGACAAACUUUGUUUAUAAAAACAAAAAGGUUAUUUCGAAGUCAACCCGUGACCAUCCAAUAUUCAUUGGGCCAGUGUUUUUCCAUUGGGACGGUUCCAUGGAGACUUACCACACUUUCUUUUCACACUUCAAAGCUCGGAUAUUAACGGAGGUGCAAUGUUUCGACGUCAAACUUGGUAGCGACGAUGAAGGUGGUUUGACAGUUGCAUUAGACAGCGUUUUUUCAAAGCCGGACAGAUUACUCUGCACAAAGCACAUAAAAGACAAUGUGACAGAUUACAUAAAAAACAAGCUGCCUCUAACAUCUAAUCAAAGAUCGCAGAUUAUGUCCGACAUUUUUAACGACAAUGGCAUAGCAACAGCUGAUGACACCAUAGAUUUCGACACCAAGUCCAAUGAACUUUGUAACAGCUUUCCGUGUUUUGCCAAUUAUUAUGAGAUAAGACUUAAAAACCGCUUGUUCAAUUAUGUUAAUCAACCCUAUCGCAAAUAUGACUCUAACAGACUCUGGACAAACAAUAACUGUGAGUCCAUGAACCACCGGUUUAAGGUAGCACUGAACUGGAAACCACAUCAAUUACCAGAACUUUUAGACAAAAUAUACAAUGUGAUACAACUUCAUCACACAGAUUUAAGACGCAGUAUAGUUGGAAACGGCAAUUAUGAACUUUUCGGAAAUUUCAAAAAACACAGAAUACAACAUUCCAAAUGGCACAGUCUUACCCAAAUUGAAAAAGAAGUGCUUUACCGAAAGCUUGCCAGUGACAAAAAGUUUAGUGACAAUAUGUUAAGAGCAGCAAAUGGUUUUGCAAUACCAAAAGUUAAACGUCUCGCCAAGAAGCCUGGUCAACGUCACCGGCCAAGGACAGCUGCAGUGAGGACAAAACCGAAAUUUUAAAUGUUAUUGUUAAAUCAUAUGUAUUUAUUUAUCAUGUUUAUUUAAUCUUAUUAAAUCAUAAUUGGAAAUAUAAAGUUUUGACUUUUUUGUUAUAAUGCAAGUAUUCUUACUUCACUUAAAAAUAUUAUCAUACGUAUAAAGAAAACAAAGUGAUGAUAUAUGAGACAAAAAAAAAACAACAACACAUUGCUAUCCUAUAUAAUUUUCGAAGUUUUGGUAAUGCUUUA